GCUUCUUCCUCUCUGCAACCCUUGUCACUUGUCAGAGAAAAAAUAAAAAAAUACAGAGAGAAAAAUGAAGAGAAAAACGCACCCUCUGAAAUGCAAGAUCUCCCUAAGAUUUCCAUCAAAAUCCCUCAACUUUCCUAAAUGGGGUUCGUACAGACACUGCAGUUGCAGGCUUUUUUUCACAGCCGUCUUUACUAUUAUUAUUACUACUGCUGCCAUGCACAAAAGAUGUGCCUCGAGAGAGCCUCAGAGUCUCUCAGACCACGCCCUUCUUCUCACUCAUAGCCUGUGUGACAAUAAUGGCUCCCUUUUUAGCCUUAUUAUCGCUCUCUCUUACCCUUUCAGCCUCAUUUUCUCCCUGCAACCCAAAGCAUUUAUGUACCCUGCUGUUCUUGCAGAACCCUUUUCUUAUUUUAUUUCUUUCGGUUUUUUGUGUUUCUGGGUAGUAAUUAUCAUUGUCAGGCAGCCUAUUUACUGUCUCCACCACUCACUUUUGGCAUAGGGUUCACACCUAGCAUAAUUUGAUGUCAUGUCUUGUUUGUUACUUCCUAUUACUGCUACUUCUUCUUGUUUCUACUACAAGCACUCGAGCAUUUACUGCUUAUUACUACUUCAGUACCACUGGCAGUUCUUGCUGCCGGGCCUAUUUCUUCACUCUUUCGUUUAAAUUUGAGUGAUUUAGAGGAUCGAGAAAAUCGGAAAAGUUUGAGAGCAAAUGGCUGCUCCGUCGGGCUAUUCUUCCUCUGCGCCGCCGCUGCCGCCACCACGUCCAAAGUCGCCUCCGCAGUAUCCUGAUUUAUACGGGAAGCGCCGUGAAAUGGCGAAGGUUCAGAUGCUUGAAAGAGAGAUUGGUUUUCUUGAGGAGGAAUUAAAAUCCGUUCAAAGCCUUCAACCUGCUUCUAGAUGCUGCAAAGAGGUUGCUGAUUAUGUGGUGGCAAACUCGGAUCCUUUUAUAGCUACAAAUCGGAAGAAUCGUCGGCGCUGUCGCUUCUGGAAAUGGCUGUGUCGAAUGCCUUGUUUUAACCUCUCUUGGAUCUGCUGCUGCUGCUGCUGCUGCUAUAACGGGUGCUCAAUUCAUCUAGAAAUGCCGCGCUGCUGUCGUGACUGCAAUCCAUGUAACUCUUGUUCCUGUGCCAGCUGCUGCUGCUGUAAAUGCAAUAGAUGUAACUGUGGUUCUUGUCUCCAAUGUGGUUCCUGCAACUGCAAUACAUGUAACUGUGGUUCCUGUGUCCCUUCUGCUUCCUGUGACUGCAACACAUGUAAAUGCGCUUCCUGUGACUGCAAUACAUGUAAAUGCACUUCCUGUGACUGCAAUACAUGUAAAUGCGUUUCCUGUUUCAGCUGUCAUUUACCGAAGUGGCGGUGUUGUGCUUUUCCCCGAUCAAAUUGCUGUAAAACAGAUUCGUGCAUCAGAAAUUGUUGCAAUUUUCCAUCUCCUUCAUGCCCAGAUUGCUCUUGCUGCAUUUGGAGAUGUUCACGUCCUAAAUGUCCAAAGGUAAGCCGUUGCUGCUGUUGUACAAAAACCUGUUGUAACCCGUGUUAUCUAUGUUACUAGCAUAUUCAAGCAUUUCCAUU